ACAUACUGACUGUAGAGGAACCAAUGUGAAGAGUGGUGUUUCCUGAACAAACCAUGACUUUAAAAAAAGAAAAAAGGUGGAGGGGUGGAGGUCAACAGUGCUACAGAGCGAAAUGGAGUUUAGAAAUGUCGCUCUUCAGAUUUAAAAAGAAAACCUUUACUUGAAUCAGCUGAAUUUUAAUAAUAUGAAUUUCCUGUUCUUGCCAAUUCUGAUAUGAACAGAAAAACCAAGAACAGGGCUAUGUGUGGAUUACAGUUUUCUCUGCCUUGCCUACGACUGUUUCUACUUGUUACGUGUUGUCUUGUACUAUUAUUCCAUAAAGAGAUACUUGGAUGUUCGUCUGUUUGCCAGCUCUGCACUGGGAGACAUAUUAACUGCCGUAACUUAGGCCUUUCAAGUAUUCCUAAGAAUUUUCCUGCAAGUACAGUUUUUCUGUAUCUGACUGGAAAUAAUAUAUCUCAUGUAAAUGAAAGUGAAUUAACAGGACUUCACUCUCUUGUAGCAUUGUAUUUGGAUAAUUCUAGCAUUGUGUAUGUAUAUCCAAAAGCUUUUGUUCAAUUGAGGCAUCUAUAUUUCCUAUAUCUAAAUAAUAAUUUUAUAAAACGCUUAGAUCCUGGCAUAUUUAAGGGACUUUCAAAUCUUCGUAGUUUAUAUUUACAGUCUAAUCAAGUAUCUUUUGUUCCAAGAGGAGUAUUUAAUGAUCUAGUUUCAGUUCAGUACUUAAAUCUACAAAGAAAUCGCCUUACUGUCAUUGGCGGUGGUACCUUUGUUGGUAUGGUUUCUCUUCGGAUACUUGAUUUAUCAAACAAUAAAAUUUUGAGAAUAUCAGACUCAGGCUUUCAACAUCUAGGAAACCUUGCUUGUUUGUAUCUAGAAGGUAAUAAUUUAACAAAAAUACCAUCAAAUGCUUUUGAAGUACUUAAGAGUCUUAAAAGACUUUCUUUGUCUCAUAACAGUAUUGAAGCAAUACAGCCCUUUGCAUUUAAAGGACUUGUCAACUUGGAGUAUCUCCUCCUGAAAAAUUCAAGAAUUAAAAAUGUUACUAGGGGUGGGUUUAGUGGAAUUAAUAAUCUUAAACAUUUGAUCUUAAGUCAUAAUGAUUUAGAAAAUUUAAAUUCUGACACAUUUAGUUUGUUAAAAAAUUUGAUUUACCUGAAGUUAGAUAGAAACAGAAUAAUAAGCAUUGACAAUGAUACAUUUGAAAACAUGGGAGGGUCUUUGAAGAUCCUUAAUCUGUCAUUUAAUAAUCUUACAGACUUACAUCCAAGGGUCCUUAAGCCAUUGUCUUCAUUGAUUCAUCUUCAGGCAAAUUCUAAUCCAUGGGAAUGUAACUGCAGACUUUUGGGCCUUCGAGACUGGCUAGCAUCUUCAGCCAUUACUUUAAACAUCUAUUGCCAGAAUCCCCCAUCCAUGCGAGGCAGAGCAUUAAGUUAUAUUAAGAGGACUGAUAUUACAAAUUGUGUUACAUCUUCGACAAAUGUAUCCAGAGCUUGGGCUGUUGUAAAAUCUCUUCGUAUUCAUCACAAGACUACUGCGCUAAUGAUGGCCUGGCAUAAAGUGACCACAAAUGGGAACCAUUUGGAACAUACUGAGACUGAGAGUGUUACUCUCUGGGAACGAAUUCGUACUUCACCUGCCAGUAGAUUUUUUCAAGAGAAUACUUUUGGUAAUCCAUUAGAGACUACUUCAGUGUUACCUGUGCAAAUACAACUUACUUCUUCUGUUAACUUGAACUUGGAAAAGAACAGUGCUCUACCAAUUGAUGCUGCAUCAGUGUCAGGGAAAGCAUCUCUAAUUUGUACACAGGAAGUUGAGAAGUUGAAUGAGGCUUUUGACAUUUUGCUAGCCUUUUUCAUCUUAGCUUGUGUUUUAAUCAUUUUUUUGAUCUACAAAGUUGUUCGAUUUAAACAAAAACUAAAGACACCAGGAAACUCAGGGGAAAAUAGACUUGAAUAUUACAGUUUUUAUCAGUCAGCAAGGUAUAAUGUAACUGCCUCAAUUUGUAACACCUCCCCAAGCCCUGGUUUGGAGCAGAUUCAACUUCAUAAAAAAAUGGUUCCUGAAAGUGAAGCACAGGUCAUUCUUUUUGAACAUUCUGCUUUAUAACUCAGCUAAAUAUUGGCUAUAAGAAACUUUAGUGCCGUGGACAUGAAUAAAACUGAAACCUACUUAUAGAAUUAUAUGCUUUAUUUGAAGAUAUAAUGAAUUAUAUGACCUAAGCAUUAUUAAAAUGUUUUUAAUAAUU